CGCCGGCUCCAGGCCGGGUUUUGGCGCCGCCCGCCGCCGCCGCCUGGCGGCUCUGAACUCCAGCCCCCUCGCUAUCAGCCGCUCACUCCGUCUCAAUAUGUCUCAAGAUGGCGGCCAAUGUGGGAUCGAUGUUUCAAUAUUGGAAGCGCUUUGAUUUACAGCAGCUGCAGAGAGAGCUCGAUGCCACCGCGACAGUACUGGCAAACCGGCAAGAUGAGAGUGAGCAGUCCCGAAAGCGGCUUAUCGAGCAGAGCCGGGAAUUCAAGAAGAACACUCCAGAGGAUUUGCGCAAGCAGGUAGCACCGCUGCUGAAGAGCUUCCAAGGAGAGAUUGAUGCACUAAGUAAAAGAAGCAAAGAGGCGGAGGCAGCCUUCCUCAACGUCUACAAGAGACUGAUUGAUGUUCCAGAUCCCGUGCCAGCUCUGGACCUAGGGCAACAGCUACAGCUCAAAGUACAACGCCUGCAUGACAUCGAGACAGAGAACCAGAAACUUCGGGAAACACUUGAAGAGUACAACAAGGAAUUUGCUGGAGUCAAGAACCAAGAGGUGACCAUCAAAGCGCUGAGGGAAAAGAUCCGAGAGUACGAGCAGACAGUGAGGAGUCAGGCAGAGACCAUCGCACUUGAGCGCGGGCAGAAGCUGCAGGAUGACUUCGCUGAGAGGGAGAGAAAGCUGCAGGAGACCCAGCUGUCCACCUCCUCGAAGCUGGAGGAAGCAGAGCACAAGCUGCAUACCCUGCAAACAGCCCUGGAAAAAACUCGAACGGAAUUGUUUGACCUGAAAACCAAAUAUGAUGAAGAAAGCACUGCAAAAGCCGACGAGAUCGAGAUGAUCACCACCGACCUGGAGAGAGCCAACCAGAGGGCAGAGGUGGCGCAGAGAGAGGCAGAGACCCUGAGGGAGCAGCUCUCCUCGGCCAACCACUCCCUCCAGCUGGCCUCGCAGAUCCAGAAGGCCCCGGAUGUGGAGCAGGCCAUAGAGGUGCUGACCCGCUCUAGCCUGGAAGUUGAGUUGGCUGCCAAAGAGCGCGAGAUCGCCCAGCUGGUGGACGACGUGCAGAGACUGCAGGCCAGCCUCAGCAAGCUACGCGAGACCUCGGCCAGCCAGAUUGCCCAGCUCGAGCAGCAGCUGAGCGCCAAGAACAGCACGCUCAAGCAACUGGAAGAAAAACUCAAGGGCCAGGCUGACUAUGAAGAGGUGAAGAAGGAGCUGAACAUCCUCAAGUCCAUGGAGUUCGCCCCAUCGGAUGGAGCAGGGAUGCAGGAUGCCGCGAAGCCCCUGGAGGUGCUGCUGCUGGAGAAGAGCCGCGCCCUGCAGUCAGAGAACGCGGCCCUGCGGAUCUCCAACAGCGACCUGAGCGGGUCAGCCAGGAGAAAAGGGAAAGACCAGCCUGAGAGUCGGCGCCCGGGACCCAUGCCGGCCUCCCCUCCUCCCCAGGUGCCCCGCGGCCCGGGGGACCAGGCUUCCAAUACUAAUGGUACACACCAGUUCUCACCAGCGGGGUUAAAUCAAGACUUUUUCAACUCAUCCCUGGCCAGCCCCAGCCUACCCCUGGCUCCUACGGGAAAAUAUGCACUAAACUCUCUUCUCCAACGGCAGCUCAUGCAGACCUUCUACUCCAAGGCCGUACAGGAAGCAGGAAGCACAAGCAUAAUUUUUUCAACAGGUCCAUACAGCACAAACUCCAUCUCUUCCCCAAGUUCAUUACAACAGAGCCCCGAUGUCAAUGGCCUGGCGCCGUCGCCCAGCCAAUCCGAAAGCGCCGGGAGCGCCUCGGAGGGCGAGGAGAUAGACACGGCAGAAAUCGCCCGGCAGGUCAAAGACCAGCUCAUCAAGCACAACAUUGGACAGCGAAUCUUUGGACAUUACGUCCUGGGACUGUCACAGGGGUCUGUGAGCGAGAUUCUGGCCCGGCCCAAGCCGUGGAAUAAGCUGACGGUCCGUGGCAAAGAGCCAUUCCACAAGAUGAAGCAGUUCCUGUCGGACGAGCAGAACAUCCUGGCCCUUCGCAGCAUCCAAGGCAGACAGAGAGAGAAUCCAGGCCAGAGCCUGAACAGACUAUUUCAGGAAGUACCGAAACGAAGAAAUGGGUCUGAAGGAAACAUCACUACCCGGAUCCGAGCCUCCGACACUGGCUCUGACGACGCCAUCAAAUCUAUCCUGGAACAGGCCAAGCGGGAGCUGCAAGUGCAGAAAACCGCCGAGCCAGUCCAACCGUCUUCCGCAUCUAGCAGUGGGAACUCUGACGACGCCAUCCGCUCCAUCCUGCAACAGGCCCGCCGGGAAAUGGAGGCCCAGCAGGCCGCUCUGGACCCUGCCUUAAAGCCAGCACCACUGUCCCAGCCUGACCUCGCCCUCCUCACCCCCAAGCUCCUGUCCACCUCCCCUAUGUCCUCUGUGUCCAGUUACUCGCCUCUCGCCAUCUCCCUGAAGAAAACCGCCACGGCCCCCGAGGCCAGCACCUCUGCACUGCCCAGCACUCCCGCCCUCAAGAAGGAGGCCCCCGACGUGCCGGGCCUGGACCCCCAGGGCACAGCUGACACCACACAGGGGGUCCUGAGGCAGGUGAAGAGCGAGCUGGGCCGCAGCGGGGCCUGGAAGGACCCUUGGUGGAGCCCCAUGCAGUCUGAGCGGAGGAACCCUGCCUCUGCCGAAGACGCCAAGGCCGAGGAGCCAGCAGGCGGGAAGGACAAAGCUGGUGGCGGACAGCUGAGGGCCGAGCGUGGGCAGCUCCAGGGCCCCGUGGCCGCCGAGUACUGGAAGGAGUGGCCCAGUGCUGAGUCCCCGUACUCACAGAGCUCGGAACUGAGCCUCACCGGAGCAAGCCGCAGCGAGACACCCCAGAACAGCCCUCUGCCUUCCUCCCCGAUUGUGCCCCUGGCUAAGCCUGCCAAACCUUCAGUGCCCCCACUGACGCCCGAGCAGUACGAGGUGUACAUGUACCAGGAGGUGGACACCAUCGAGCUUACCCGGCAGGUGAAGGAGAAGCUGGCCAAGAACGGCAUCUGCCAGAGGAUCUUUGGGGAGAAGGUGCUUGGCCUGUCCCAGGGCAGUGUCAGUGACAUGCUGUCUCGCCCAAAGCCGUGGAGUAAGCUGACCCAGAAAGGCCGAGAGCCCUUCAUCCGGAUGCAGCUGUGGCUGAACGGCGAGCUGGGCCAGGGAGUGCUGCCCGUGCAGGGCCAGCAGCAAGGACCAGCCCUCCACUCCGUGACGUCACUGCAGGACCCCCUUCAGCCAGGCUGCGUGAGCUCAGAAAGCACUCCGAAGACCUCGGCCAGCUGCAGCCCAGCCCCCGAGUCCCCGAUGAGUUCCAGUGAGUCUGUGAAGAGUCUAACGGAGCUGGUCCAGCAGCCCUGUCCCCCCAUUGACGCCAGCAAAGACGGCAAAGCCCCAGAGCCCAGUGACCCGCCAGCCUCUGACUCCCAGCCCCCUACCCCGCUGCCUCCCUCCGGACACUCGGCCCUCAGCAUCCAGGAGUUGGUGGCCAUGUCUCCAGAGCUGGACACCUACGGCAUAACCAAGAGGGUCAAGGAAGUGCUGACGGACAACAACCUCGGUCAGCGCCUAUUUGGGGAGACCAUCCUGGGGCUCACACAAGGCUCUGUGUCCGACCUGCUUGCCCGGCCAAAGCCCUGGCACAAGCUGAGCCUGAAGGGCCGGGAGCCAUUCGUCCGCAUGCAGCUGUGGCUCAAUGACCCCAACAAUGUGGAAAAGCUGAUGGACAUGAAGCGGAUGGAGAAGAAAGCCUACAUGAAACGGCGGCACAGCUCCGUCAGCGACAGCCAGGCCUGUGAGCCCCCUGCCGUGGGCAUCGACUACAGCCAGGGUGCCAGCCCCCAGCCACAGCACCAGCUCAAGAAACCCCGUGUGGUGCUGGCCCCUGAAGAGAAGGAAGCUCUGAAGAGAGCCUAUCAGCAGAAGCCAUACCCGUCACCAAAAACCAUCGAGGAGCUAGCCACCCAGCUCAACUUGAAGACCAGCACCGUCAUCAACUGGUUCCACAACUACAGGUCUCGGAUCCGCAGAGAACUGUUCAUCGAGGAGAUCCAGGCCGGGAGCCAGGGCCAGGCCGGCGCCAGCGACUCGCCGUCGGCCCGCAGCGGCCGCACCGCGCCCGGCUCCGAGGGCGACAGCUGCGACGGCGUGGAAGCCGCGGACGCCGAGGAGCAGGGCGGCCCCGCGGCCGCUGCCAAGUCUCAGGGAGGGCCGGCCGAGGCCGAGGCCGAGCGCGGGCCGGAGGAGGCGCCGCGGCCCGCCGAGCCCUCGGGGGCCCCGGGCACGGAGGACGCCGACGACGCGGGCCGGCCGCGGCCACCGCCGCCGCCCGAGGGCCCCGCCGACGGCCCCACUCCCAGCCCCGCCGCGCCCGCCGCCGCCGCCGCCGCCCGGGAGGACGCCGCUACCUCAGCCGCCGCGCCCGCCGCGGGCCCCGGCGCCGCCGAGAGCAGUUCCGCCUUGCCAAGCACCAGUGCGCCCGCCGCCGCCGCCGCCGCCGCCACCACCGUCCCUGCCGCGGCCGCCGCCGCCGCCGCCACCACGGCCGCCGCCGCAGUGCGCAGGCCCAGCUCGCUGCAGAGCCUCUUCGGCCUGCCCGACGCCGCGGGCGCCCGGGACUCGCGGGACAACCCGGUGCGCAAGAAGAAGGCCGCCAACUUGAACAGCAUCAUCCACCGCCUGGAGAAGGCCGCCAGCCGCGAGGAGCCCAUCGAAUGGGAGUUCUGAGCGCCCGGGCCAGGUGGAGCGGAUCGCGGGCCCGGCCCGGCCAGGCCCGGCCCAGCGAGGCCACCCGAGCCCAGCCGAGGCCUGGACGUGUUGCGCACUUACCGCCCUGCGGGCCACAGGGCAAAAUCGCCAUAGGCCAAGGUGCAUAUAGAAAACAAAGGAGCAUUAAGCCCAAUCUAUGUCGUGUUUUCAAGGAAGAAAACGGAAAUGUGUAGUCAAGCUUUUUUGUACCCUCAAGUGUUUUUUUUAUUGCCCUAAGUGAUUUCCACAGGUUCUGGAAUAACUCUUUACAGCUUUGCCUUGCGCCCUCCUCUUCGUGUGGGCUUAAAAAGAGAAAAAAAAAAAUCAAACCCACAUAUUAAAAGGGGGCUUUUUAUCUGCCAUCUAAUGGCUCAGAGCGAUAAUACACUAUUAUCUUCUUAAACCAGGAAAGGGGGGGGGGAUUUUUCAGAAAAAAAAUUUAAAAAAGAAAGCUUUUGUAGCUGCCCAGUUGCCACUAAGAGAUUGCACAGUCAGGCCGACUCUAAACACACUAGUUUGGAUUCCUAAAUAUUUUCAAGAAAAGAAUCUUCUCGUUUGAAACUUUGAAUUGAAAUAAAACACAUUGACUCCACGUAUUUUUUAACAGAAAAAAAAGACAAGUCACAUCAGGAAAGUAUCUUGAUUUCGUGGUAGCUGACGUAGUGUUUUCUUGUACGUGAAUAGACUCCUGACGUAGUACACAUUGAUCCAUAGCUUUAACUAACUCUGGGCUUUUGCUGGCCAGAGUUUGUUUAAUACGCUCCAUUCUAGGCCAAAUCAGGACAAAAGAAAAGAUCCGAAUCUAGGUAUUUUAUAAUCUGCUUUUUAACCUCUAACCGGAGAGCACGUUGAUCAGACCUCAUAUGUCGGAGGCUUAGGAGACAAGUUGGAACUGUAGCGUGAACCCAUUCAUUUUGUUUAAUUUAUGGUGUCUACGUCUAUGUGUGUCCUGUCCCAGCCUUGCAAGAAAGGGUAGGCCAGCCAGGUCGCAGCUGGCAGUGGGGGAGGGGCACCUUUCCUUGGCAAACAGAAGGCACCUCCUUUGAUACCACUCCCGGGUGCCUGAUGGACCCAGGCGCCGCUGCCCUCCCCCUCCUCCCCCCAGCGCCAUGAAGGCGCGCUAUGUUUCCCCUCUUCCCACCACAAGCACUGAGGACCUGUGAUCCAUGUGGGAAGAGCUCUUCCCUGCAGGAGCGGGACAGGGGGCAACCUGGGCUCUGCUCCCACCCCUGUAGAAACAACCCAGACACACCAAAACGUUGAUGCUCUUUGCUUCCAACCCAGACCACUGGCCCUUUCCUUCAGUUUUCUUGGGAAGUUCUUUUUAUGCACAGUUUAGAGCAGUCUAAGUACAAAUCAACAAAAAAAAAAAAAAAAGAGAGGAAAAAAGUCUAACUUGUCUCUGAUUCCUCCCGUUGUCUAUGUGUAUAUGCGUGAGUUCAGAGGUGGAUGGGAGCGUGUGUGUGCGUGCGUGUGUGCAAUUUUCUACGUCCGUGUAUUUUCUUAAGUACCUGUGCACACAUAGAGUGCAGUACUGCCACCUUUUUCAAUAAGCUGGUUUAUCAGUUACGGCUUCUACAAGUUUGCUAAUUUAGACUCCUUUAAUUGCCAUAUCUUUAAACUAACAAUAGAUGAUUUCGGUAUAUAUAUAUUUUUUUUGCUUAUUUAUAGGUGCUGUAUUUUAUUAUCUGAUUGUUAGGAAGGGAUGGAAGGGGCAAAUACUCUUUAGAGGGAUAGACUGCCGGCAGUAUUGGGUAUAAUUUUCAAGAUGUAGCUGUCAUACUGUAUAUUACUGAUUGAAAGCUUUUGACCGUAUUGUGUAUCAUGGAAACCUUUGUCUUAGGUCAACAUCUUUGGAUGACAUUUUAAUGGUGCAUUCAUUAUUUCUUAAGUUUAAUUAAUAUUACUUUGUUCUUUUUUUUUCUUUUUUUUUUUUUUUUUUGGAUUGGGGGGUGGGAGGGAGUUGGAAUUUUAAAUGUCUGCUCCCGCGGUCACACAGUGUGUUGAUUAUUACUUACUUACCUUGUAGGACUCAGACUGUAAAAUCCAAAAGCACAUUUCUUUGCAUGCUUUAGAAUUUCCGUAUUUCAUUUACAGUCUUUAAACCUACAACUGCAGCACUUAAGAGUUUUCACAGAUCUUAAAGAGUCUCUACACUAAAGACAGUGUCUUUUCAUGAAUGGGAAGUUUCCAGAAGGCUCUAGGAGGCUGGGAUGCAGGCCCUUUGUCUUUGGUUGUGGAUGUCCACACUUGCAAUCUGGCUUAGUGGGAAGAUAAUUCAUGGCAGAGGGGCCAAGAGGAAAUGGAUUGAUAUCCAGCUGGAGGCGGGCUAACAGUGAGGUCACACCCAGAAACCUCAGGACAGAGAGAGGCUGAGCAGAUGGGACUAUGGGGUCCCCUCCACUGAACCUCAAGGGGUCUUUGCCCUCUAUGAAAUGCAUCUCUUAAGACCUAACUUUCAUCACCCUGAGAGCGGAAAGUAACAGACUAGUAGGCUUCACUGUUGCUUAGCUAAGGGAUUAAAUCUGAGGAAACAGAAAAGUUUAGAUUUGUCUGGUUCUCUUGGCUAAAUGGUUACAGUCUAAAACAGCCAUGCUGGAAUUCAGUCAUGGGCGGAUGGAAGGGGAGGGAGGUGCUUCUUAUGUUUGAACUCAGUCACUGUUCAUUUCCACUCUUGUUCUUCCCGCCAGACUUCCAUCUGGAUGCUUGAUGCGAUCAGUUGGUUAGAUUUUUCUUACAGCUCUGGGUAUAUAUUUGUUCCUCUGUUGUCUUUUUUUUUUUUUUCCAUUGAGAUCCUAACCUUGUGAUCUUUUGGGUUAAGCUACCACUGUCUGUAAUACUUCUAAGAGCUGCCACAGGAUAACGCAGAAACUUGUGUCCAGGCCCCUCAGUCUGAGUCUAAGGGUUCAUUUUUCAUCGUGAUAAGCAAUAUUCAAGUGCCUUGAACAGCGCCCCCUCGUGGUGACCUCCACUGGCUGGCUGGGGAGCCCAGCCAAGCUCCCGCAGGCAGCCAGCCCUCCUUCCUCUUUAUGCCCUGUCGGCUUAAAAAGCUAAUUUGUACCUCUCCCCAGGGGAAAUGGUUCCCUAUAAAACACUAACACUUAAUUAUAAGCUCCAUUAUACCAUUUUAAAUGGCUUCUUUUUUGUUAAUUGGAGACAGCAUUCAUAACUUCAGACUUCUGCCACUACUUAGCUAGCUUGGUGGAGGGCUAAUUUAAAGUCAGUGUUCCCAUCCUGCCCGAGUUCCCCUGUGCUAUCCAGGUGGCCAGUGUGGGGGUUCUGUCUCAGACCUACCCACUUCCCCCAGGCCUAGAUCCCUGCUCACCUGGGAGUCAGAAUGUGUGACUGCCUACCCAUUUCUGCCAGACUUGCCACUAGAAAGGACAGUCGUGGCUACGUGCCAGACUCUGUUAUCUAGCUAAGUCACCUGAGAUGGCUUAGGGUCUGGCUCCCAGGAUGCGGAUUUGGGAGAGGCGGUAGAUCACAGCUCUCAGCCCCGUCCUCCAAGGCAGGUCCUCAAACCCCCAAAGCACAGUGUCUCCCCACCCCACAGCCUCCUGUCUACAUGUCCCCCUCCCCACUUGAAAACCAUCUAUCUGGCACAGGUAGCCUGGUCUGGCUGUAGUACCCGCACAGAGAGCAAUGGUGCUGUGUCUCAGGCCUAGGAUCAUGGCAAUCAGACUGUAUUUCUUUGUUCCUUUAGAGAAAAGUCAGUCAGUGGUGAGCCUUCUGGGCUGUGUGUUCUGUUCCCCUGACUUUUCCAACAGAUCUUGCUGGAAAAUGGCUGGGGUAUGUGCAUGUGCCCUUCUGAGAUUAGCACCAGUGACCCGGUGAUGACCCUAGUAGAGCUGGGCCAGGAGCAGCUGUGCUGGGAGAUGGCGGCACUGCAGGCGUGGCGGGCCCAUCCCUGGGGGCCUUAGAGCAGCUGGAACAUCACUGUCCCCCCUCAUUUGUCUUCACACUCCUCAUUUGUCCCUGUCUACCUCACCGGGGCUCCCCACCUGAUGCGGCUAGUGGACUGGGGAUGCGCGGCUGCCCGCCCACCAGGCCAGCUUUUUGUGAAGACAGGCGUUUGUGCCAUACGGGGUUCACGGAUUUGCUUCUCCUGCAGCUGUGUCCUGUGCAGGAGUGGCCGAGAGGCCUUUGCUGUGUGAGCUUCCUGAACAGCUGUCACGAUCCAUCCCAGCCGCCCUGUUGUCCUGGGCUGCCCUCAGCUGGCACGUGAUCUGAUGGAUCACCACCGCCUUCCAUGUCUCUCUCACUUCUGGCAUUGUGGUGGUGACUGCUGCAGCAUGACUGCUUUCUCCCUUGAUCUGCAAACAUCUCAGGCAUAGGGAAGGGUCAUGGGCUUUUUUCUGCGGCCUGCAUGCCUUGACCUCCCCAAAUAGCAUACCUGUAAUCCCAGCUUACUUGGAAGGCAGAGUUGGAGGAUUGUGGUCUGAGGCCAGCCCUAGGCAAAAAUGCAAGACCUGAUAAAGCAGAACAGCUAGGUGUGUGGCUCAAGUGAUAGAGCACCUACCUAUCAAGCAGAGGCCCCUGAAUUCACACCCCAGUAUGGCCAAAUAAGAAAAAAGAAGUUCCCGUUUUCCAUUCAGUGCUGAAGAAAAGCAGCCUCUAGUGCUGAGACUGCAUGUUGGGCCUCCACUGUGGAGGCCCAAAUCUUCUGAUGGGAAUUGGGAAUCAGGAUUGUGUGGUUUGGUGGUCAGGCAUUCAUUCACCAGGGCAAGGCUUGUGUUCAGGUGGUUAGGUAGUGGCCUGGGACUCUACCAGAACCUGGCUCCCUCUCCCCAGGGCCUAGCCUGGCCAGCACUGGGCCAGCUGGCCCACAGAAUGGUCCAGUUGACUACUAAGUUCACUCAGCAGAUUACCCUUUCUGUAGAUGAAAUCUACCAGGAUAAAAAGGAAAGCAAAUUCCCCAACAAAGUUCCAGAAAGAUCUCAUGUUUUAAAAAAACUUGAGAGAUGGGCUGAAAGCCAAGGCCAAGACCUUCAGGGCCAGUCUGGAUGGAAAAGAGGCCCCUAGGCAGCCAGCAGACCCUAAAACCAGCCCUGGUGUCUGAGUUCCCAUGGCUGGAAAGCCAUUUCUUCCAGUUCUGCCUGCCCCCUCCAUGGCUUGCCCACAGCACUUGCUCUGCCACUCCCCUCCAAAGAUCCAAGCCCUCGGGGCAGCCUCACUUUUUCAUUUGGGGAUGAAAUGACAUUUAGCUUUAACAAGACAUUUCCAAAGCACCUGGUCUCUUCCAAAAUGCUAACUUUAAAAGUUCAGCAUGGUAGGGAAAGAAUUCGGGGAGGUGGGGGAGGAGAGGGGCUCAAAGAAAAAAAGAAAAAGCUGAUGAGAGAAAGACAUUUGGCUGUGUGUGUCCCUCCCCGUCCGAUCCCCUGUGCGUCAACUUUGAAACCGCCUUUGAGUUGCUUUGCAUGGGUCCGUUUUCUUUGUAAUGUUAAGAAGUGGAGUCUGCGUCACUGUAAUUUCUGUACUGUUGUGGCUUUAAUUUCUGCUAUGUAUCACGCUUUCUGCGAUCAGAAAGAAAAGGUGCCUUAAACCUCGAUGUCACAGCUCUGACACAAGCACAUUGCGCAAGUGUGGGAACUUUUCGUUGGCAAAGCAAGAUAGACCCUCAGCCAGAUGCGUCCGUGCCGUGGGCUGCUUCCGGUUCACACUGCUCCCGCUCACCUCCUUCCCUUUUACUUUUCUUUUUCUUUCCUUUUUUUUUUUUUUUUUUUUGAGUUUGCUUUAAACAGCACUUAAAUAUAAGAUGGCUAUGUGUAAAA